AUGGUUCUCCCAUCUACCUAUAUCGUUGCAAUCUUCUUGUUUGGCGCCAUCCCGUGGGUAUCAGCGGCUUAUAAGGGGCCUCGCGGUAUGUACUGUGCUGAGAAGGACGCUCCGUCCAAGCUUAUUAUGGCGUUCAGACCGUAUGAGGACAAGUGGAUGUACAAUGCGACCUUCGGUGAUUUCAAAAUAUAUGGGCUAACGAAGAUCAAUACCAUCGCAUCUAUCGGAUAUAGCCAGAUAUUGUAUACAGCAUCACCGGGUGGAUCACCAGAUGAGCAGAGUCUGAGGCUACCGGAUACCUAUCAAUUGAAGGGGUUCGUUACCUCCAUGGGUCUGGGCGUCAAGACCUUGACCCGUAUGUUGUACUUACCCCGCAGCCACGGCCAAUCAGAGAUUGUGAUGAACGGUGAGCCUGAGAUACGCUUAACCUAUGGCGCGUGUCUUCAGCCUGUGAAUCAUCAUUUUUGCCAAUUUGCUCACGGCAAGGGCUUAAGUGUGGCCCUCCGCUCUGAUGCUACGCACAUGGUCGUCUACAAUGAUGCCAUCCCCGUGAAAGAACUCCAAUCGGUAGCGGACACAGUGAACUAUCCCUUCAAUAUUUUGGUAUUGAAAAGAGAGGAAAAAGGGUUGGAUGUUUUACUCUCUCUUAUGGACAAUCGCACACAAGUUGGUCAAGAGGAUUGGUGGAUGACAGGAAAGGCCAUGACCUUGGAUCUAUUCCGUGAUACUUUGACCAUACACCAUGGUCCAUGGAUAUAUGGUUAUGACCCGUCACAUCCUACCCCUCCGGAUAUUGUCCUCAAGGCGUGCCAUCCCUAA